AAGAUGGCGUGACAUUCAAUUUUCACAAAGAAAAAGAUCCUUUCUUGGCAGCAUUAAGUACAUUACAAUUGAAAUCGAAAUAAAUCAUGAACAAAAUCUUGAAACUAUCCUCAACAAAUACCCUCCAACAAAAGCACAUACAUGUGAAGUCAUAGUUACAGAAAAACACAGAGCCAAAAAUAUCAGUUAUUCUUGUUUCGUGUCCCGUGAAUACAAUUCAGAUUCACUUUGGCCGGGCUGCUUAAUGCUAGCCUUCGCAUCUGCAAGAAAUUUAUGAUCGGGCUCGUGUUUAUGUGAAGGCUCUUUCAUGGCCAUGUAAAUGUAAAAUGCUAUGACCACAUUGACCGAGAUGACCGCAAGGACCCCACUCCAUAUCGUGAGAGAGUCGUGAGAGAUGUGAGAAGAUCCUGCCAUAAUUGAGCACAACUGGGAGGUCUGGAUUAUCGUUGCCCUUCCUCUUCUACUCGUGAAGUGAGCUGAACCCAAGAACUGAAAACCAGUUAGCAGAAGAAAUGGGUUUCGCUACCAUCAGAGAGUGAUAAAGAACCCCUCGUUAUUGUUUCUCCUUAUUAAACCCCUUCAAAUUUUCGCCACCCUCUGCUCGGCCCCCUCUGCCCGCCCGCAGUUCGCGGCUUAGUAAUCGCGUUUGCACCUUCUGCAUAUCCAGAGGUACUUCGACGGUAGCAGCGAUGUGCGCAUCUCCGCCGUCCGUUCAUGUGAAGGACCGUAUUGAUCUGACGGACAAGGAGAAGCAGAUAUUCGACCGUCUUCUCCAAGUCCUGAACCACUUCAGUCUCCAGACGCAGCUUAGGGUCGCCGGCGGCUGGGUUCGCGAUAAGCUUUUGGGGAAAGAAUGUUUCGAUAUCGAUAUUGCCCUAGACAAUAUGCUGGGGAAGGAAUUUUGUGAUAAAGUGAACGAGUAUUUAUCUUCUAAAGGUGAAGAGGCUCGAGGAGUAGGUGUCAUACAGUGCAAUCCCGAUCAGUCGAAACAUUUGGAGACAGCUAGAAUGCGCCUUUUUGACGUUUGGAUUGACUUCGUGAACUUAAGAUCCGAGGACUACAGUGAGAAUAGCCGUAUCCCUACAAUGAGGUUUGGCACUGCUGAAGAGGAUGCUUACAGAAGGGAUUUAACUAUCAAUAGCUUGUUCUACAACAUCAAUACGAGUUCAGUCGAAGAUUUCACAAAAAGGGGAAUUGAGGACUUAAAAGCUGGAAGGAUAGUAACUCCAUUACCUCCAAAGCAGACAUUCUUAGACGAUCCACUUCGAGUUCUCCGAGCUAUACGUUUUGGUGCAAGGUUUGGAUUCUUGUUGGAUGAAGAACUGAAGAUAGCUGCUGCAGAUAAUGAUGUCAGAGAAGCUAUUGCUGAUAAAAUCAGUAGAGAGCGUAUUGGUCAUGAGAUUGAUCUUAUGAUUUCUGGAAAUCAGCCCAUGAGAGCAAUAGCCUAUGUCUCUGAGUUGCAGCUCUUUUGGGCUGUAUUUAGCCUUCCAAGUGAGACGGAACCUUCAUCUCCAGAAGGAUGUGACAGAUAUAUGUUUGAUGAAGAGAGGAGGCUCUGCCUUUAUGCUGCUCUGUUCCUUCCCUUUAGAAAUGUUAUUUACAGAGAGAAAAAAGGCAAAAAGAUACCGGUAGUAAAUUACCUCUUCAAGACAUCUCUCAAGCUGAAGAACAGUGAUGCAGAAACUGUAAUCAGCUUGCAUCUUGCAGCAAAAAAAUUCCUGCCUUUGAUUCCUUCGCUGAUCUCCGAUGAGAAUUUGCAAGCUCUUCAAGUCGACAAGAAAACAUUAACUAUUGAUGUCCCUGCAGCUUUACAACUCAGAAUACUGACCGGAUUGCUGCUUCGAGAAAUCAAGGAAUUUUGGCGGGCUGCAUUGGUUCUUUCUCUGCUCUUAUACCCUGCAGAUAUUGGUUUGAGUGAAAAUUUGUCAGUUGAGUACACGGAAUUGAACGAGAGAAUAGAAAUAUAUAACAGUAUUGAGAAAGCAAUCCUCGAAAUGGGGCUGGAGAAAGUCUGGGACUUGAAACCACUGGUGAAUGGUAAAGACAUCAUGAGCGUUUUGGAGCUAAAAACGGGAGGGCCCGUCGUGAAAGAAUGGCAACAAAAAUUGCUCCAGUGGCAACUCGCGCAUCCUUCUGUAUCUGCAGAUGAGUGCAUUGAUUGGAUGAGGCAAAACCACUCAAAACGCGCCAGGAUAGAGUAACUUUGUUCACCCAAAUUCUCACAUUAAUGCUAAAAAGUAGCUUUUAUGAAUUUUCGAUUUUGUGUACAGAAGUUUUCCCGGAAGAACUUUAUUCCAUACGGAUAGAUUAGGGUUAUGUUUGGUAGACCAAUAAGCUAGCUUAUAGCUUAUUCGGUUAGCUUAUAAGCUUCCUGUUUUCAAAUAAGUUCUGUUUGGUAGGACGGACUUUUUUAAAAAGCUCGAGCUUAUUUGAUAAGCUUCUUUGGGUAGCUUUUCAAAUAAGCUCAUUGAAAUUUUUAUUUCAGCUAGCUUAUCAGCUAGUUUUACCAAACACUUUUAUCAUAUAAGCUAGCUUUUCAGCUAUAAGUCAUAAGCUAUAAGCUAUAAGCU